AUGCGGAGAGAAAGAAAUAUGGACCGUUACACGUCGCAGGUAUUCUACCAAUUAUUGAAGCUGGAAUCUUGUUGUCAGGUGGCCAAAUUAGUGACGAAAGUAACCCCGCCAAGAGCCGUCCAUUCUCAUCUUCAAAUAAGAGCAGACACUAAGCAAGAUGUUAUUGAUACGUUAAGAAAGGACCCGUUUUCUCGAAAUGGUGUUUGGAAUGUAGAUGAUGCUAUCAUAUACAGAUUGGACACUGUUUACAGGGAAAAGUUAGACCUAACCUGA